AAUAUCUUCCGGCGUACGAAUUUAAUCUCAAAACACUGGAAAAGUGAAAACCCCUUCCCUUCCCUUUCUCCUUCUCGUUUCGACAAAGCCAAGCAGCGAUGCCCGGUCUCAUCGUCGAAACCGAGAAGAAGCUUCAGGAGGAUGACUGGAUCGUGGAAGAAGACGAUGACAUGGAUAAUUCCGACGAAGGUGAUGACGCCGACGAUUCUGACGAUGACGAUGACAAGGAAGAUGACGCCCAAGAGCCGACUAGGGAGCAAUUGGCUGAAAUUAGGAUGAAGUUGGCUAAUAUUGAAAGGGAGAUUGCUGAUAUUAGAAUGAUGAUGGAAGAUAACUUCAAGCAGAUCUUGCUAACGCUAGAAGCUCUACCCAAUAAGGUUUCAGAGAUUCUAGCCCAUCAUUUAGCUGGUCUAUCCGUGUCCCAUGAGCCUGGCCCAACCCCCGCACCCACCACCGUGGACAGUGUAGCAUCUAAGCCUGAUUCUGCCUCCUCUUCACCUGCCCAUGCACCUGAUGUUGAUGCUCCUCCUGCUACUACUAGUUGUACCCCUGAUAGGGCUCCUGCUUUUCUUAUACCUGCUGUUGUUGUUCCCAUCCCGCCUAUUGAGGCGGGAGACACACAUAUGCCAGAUGCAGCUGCCUAGAGGGAGUUCUCUUCACCCUACUUAUUUUUGUUUUGCGUGCAUUGGCUCCCGAUGAACGAUUCUAAGUGUGGUGGGGUGUGGGAAUUAUAUUUUUGUGGAUAAUUGUGAUUAAUUGAUUAACCCUUCUUCUAGCAAAAACAGUGUUGCUGACUUUCUGGGGAAAAUGGAACUAGGAAGCAUUAUGUCAAUAGUAUUACUAAGUUGUCUAUUACUACUGUAUAGUAAACCUUUUGUUAGUUCCCCCUUUUGUAUGUUUUGAAGAUCUUUUGGAGGCAAACUAACAGUAGUAUGUACUGGGGCGCUACGGAAAAAGCUACAUCGUGUUCCAAUGGUUAAGUAUUCAAUAUUAAGUAACGGUUUGCACCAAAAGGAAGAGAAAGAGCCCGAUCCCUACUCAUUUUUUUCUUGCUGCUUUUAUUUUUCUGUUUGUUUUUUCAUUUUUUCGGUUGAAAUAUUUGUUACAAAUAUCUUCAUCCUGUAAAAUAUUUACUUUUAUGCAUUUCUUUUGUUGCUAUAGUUCAUUUUUAGCUGUAGUUAUUUUUUGAAAUACUAGUAUUAGGAAAUAAUAAAUUUCUUGGGUUUCUUUGAUAA